AUGUCGACAACAAAAAAGAGACAAGCGGAGGAUAUUCCUGCUCAGCCAAAGCCCAAGAAGAGCAAGAAGAGAAAGGCGGGUGCACCAGAUGACGAAUUACUCGAUACUGAGCUUGGUCUCAACACGCUCUUCACCAAGAUGGACAACCAACUCUUGGCUGAUCAUCUGGUUCAAAAGUUGACCCGUUUCGGAGGCGAUUUGAGUGCUGUCGAAAUUUCAGACAUGACUGUCUCAGCCAACGCCAUUCAGGACACGACCACAUGGCAAGAACCAAGAACCUUGGACAAAUUCCCUAAUUUCCUGGAGAGCGUCACAGAGAACCCUGAACUCUUGUACAAGUCAGCCAAGAAGAAGGGUUCGCCUCAUACUCUCAUUGUUGCGGGAGCGGGAUUGAGAGCUGCGGAUAUCGUUAGAUCCAUGCGCAAAUUCCAGAACAAGGACAACGCAAUCGCGAAACUGUUCGCCAAGCACAUGAAGGUUGAAGAGCAAGUUCAAUUCCUCGAAAAGCACAAGACAGGUAUCUGUGUCGGCACACCUGCCCGUUUAAUGGAUCUUAUGGAUAACGGUGCGCUCUCCCUCGAUGGCCUGAAGCGCCUGGUCGUGGACGCUUCCCACAUCGACCAAAAGAAGCGUGGCGUUUUGGACAUGAAGGACACUAUGAUGCCUCUGGCUCGUUUCCUAUCGAGAAAAGAGUUCAAGGAUAGAUACGGCGAUGAGAAGAAGCCUCUGGCUUUGUUGUUCUAUUAG